CCAAAACAGGUAAAGCCCCUCCAUAGCAUACAUAGCCUUGUUCAAGACCCCUGAAUCUUGAGGGAGCCUAUGAUAAUUCAAGACAAACAGCUCAACGUGAAUCUCUUCUACGGAGCAGAGCAGAGGUACCCAAUGUUGCAAAAGUAAAGACAAUCAAAUCAAUUAGUCCAGUUCAUAUGAAAGAAAGCAUCUGUUAUUACGCUUAUUUCAUAUUCACCGAUCAAAAGUUACGCGUAAUUAAGCUAAGGUUACCUCUCGCAAUAGAAGUUGCGAGUUGAUAAAUAUAACCUUAACAUCCAUCCUCCCUCCUUCUUUGCUUUUCCUCUCCCACAAGACCUCCCCUCCUCACAUUCACAACACCAACGAUCCUUUACUGUCGUGCACCCUUGAGACAUUCUCAUUUGUCACAAGCAUCCACGACCUCUUCGCAUCAAUCUGCAUCCUUUGUGCAUUUCAUCAUAAGUCGUCGCAAUUUCAAAGAUGUCGCUGCAGUCUGCUUAUAAGCAGUUUUUAGCUGCCCCAAACCCCUCUUUACUCGCAAGUGAUGCUUCUCUUCACUUCAUUACGACUCUCAUUUCUAUUAAUGGAUCGUCCAAUAUCGUCAAGCAUUUAAAUGGAGAGGACCAUCGACUUAAAAAGAAGGAAGAGACCUUUUUAAACAUUGUCGAAGGCACCAGCUCCAUUGCUGCUGAAGUUCACACAACCGUUGAGUUCAAAACAUCAGGAGGAUCCUACCUACCUGGCUUGGAUGAUAACUUUCUCGCUGAUCGUACAGUCACCUUUCCUAUAGUAAGUUUGAUAUCAUAUGUUUUACGGCAUUCGUAUGCUAAUAAUGGCAGAUUCACAUCGUCAGUUUCGAUGCCAACGGCAAGAUCCAACAAAUCCGACAAAAUUGGGACCAAGGUUCACUUCUCAAAUUGAUCGAAGUCAUCGGAAGGAGUGGGCGAAAUUGGCCAAUUCGGGAUGGAAAAGAUCAGAUAAAGCUCAUCACAUCAAGUGUUAGAAGUUCUGGCACAUCAGAUGCUGCUUCAAACGCAGACCCUAUCGCCCGUGCCAGAGCCAACUCUAAUACUGCGACGCGCGAUCCGCAUGCAAGCCUUGCCUUAUUUGCUCCCCGAGAAGACGUUGUGCGAGAGUCCCGUCCGGCUGCUGAACCAAGCAGCAAAUCAGCAAAGCCAGAACCUCGGGAUUAUCACGAUCUUUUCGUUGGUAAAGACUCCGCAUCUCCAGAAGAUGACACCUCUCCACCCAAAGCUGGUUCCAAAGCAGGCGCUUCAAGGCAAUUUGCUCCAUCUAGACUUUUCGAUGCCUACGAGGAACAAGCUACACCAGAUAGCCAUGUCCAAGAGAAGUCCAAGGAUCCAAUGUACCGCCCUAACCCAUCUAGAUAUGAACAUUUCGAUUUCACAGAUGCCCCCGAGGAAGAGGAACCCAUUCGACCGACAAGUGGCAAAGGUAGCAUGGGUCAACACCAAAGCCAAUGGGGAUUUGAUGACUUUCAAACACCACAAAAAGUUGUUCCCACCAAAGUUCUUCGCGCGGCUGACGUUCGUCAUUGGGGCAAUAGUGAUGAUGAAGUUUUGGAUAGUCCAGUCAGAUUCAAGAAGACCGAAAAGCCUCGCAAGGAUGCACAAACCCAUUUCGAUUUCCGGGAUGAAGGCACCCCACAACAAGAACGUCGCAUUAUUGGAAGACCUCAUGGACAAGGACACAACAAUGGACUUGGGCUCUACAAAGAUACAAUGUUCGAUGAGGGUGAAAGUGAAACACCGGUUUCAAAGAAGCAAGGCCGACCUUUCGCAAAUGUCACGGACAGACAAAAGAACUUAGAUUCGCAUUUCACCAUGACUGAUGACUCGCCAGUUGCCGGAAAAGCUCCAGCUCAUAUCGCAGAAGAUAGAGCCAAGGCUGUGAAGAAUAUGGGUGCUAACUGGGACACAUACGAUCAAUCUCCUAUUGAGAAGAAUUCCCGUAAAGAGAACGACCCUUCCUCACCAAUUAGAUCCAAUUCUAACAAGGAGCCUUUGUCAGAAAUUCGCACUGCUUCACAACGCAACCAGAAAAAUACCGGUAUCAAGACAAUGGGUGAUGGUAUGGGUGGUAGCAAGGGUGCAGGCAGAAGCUGGGGAUUUGGAGACGGAUCUGAUGGAGAGGAAGCUGGUGGUAUCAAUGGUGUAGGAAGUACAUUUCGCAAUGGUCGCCCCGGUAAAGCACAAAAUCAAAAAGCUACUGGUGGUGAUUUCUGGGAUUUCUAAUCCAUGGAUAUCGAAACAGGAUUGAGCUGUUGGCUGUCUGGUUAAAUAUGUGUUACGAUAGAUGAGAUUAUGAUCAUACAAAAUUGCUUUCGAUUUCAGUUACUUUUUUAGUGUGGUUGAAUUGGUGUUGAUAAGAUAUUUCGAUGGAUGUAUAAGGAGUAACUACGUGCUCACUUGACUUCCAGUUCCUUUAUUUGCAUUUUUUGAGUGUGUUAUUUUUAAUCUGAGCAAGGUGGUUCGGUUUCUCUAUCCGUGGUGGUAUUUCUUGCAACUGCGUGCAUGACAGGAUACGAGGAGUAGAGGGAGGAGAUACAAGAACAUAUCAGCUGCGAACAAACCAAGAGGGAUACAUGGCGUGUAUUGGUUAUUAGGUAUUAUUAUGCAUUAUUUCGACUUUACUGUUAGGGAAA